UUAAGUAGCGCCCUCUGUAGUAGGUUGUGCAGUCUGCAGACUUUGCCAGAAAGUCAAUUUUUCAAUGUCUAAAAGGAGCCGGAGAAGUGGCAGCUCCUGCGCUGGGCGGCGUCUGUCGGGUCGCAGAGACCUGCCUGCAAGGUGUCUCACUGUGUGGCUAUCGGUGGUGUUUGUAGAGGCUCCGACGCUUUUCAGAAGGCGUCUUAUCUAAGACUUGCUAGGACCAACUUGAUCAAAGGCUUGUUCCUUGUUCCAGGAAUAAAUCUGACUGACUGAAGGACGAAGGACCGGUCUGCAAGCACUUGUGCUAAGGAGUUGUUAAUCAGAAUGGCUUCAGGAUGGUUUUACCUGUCCUGCAUGGUGCUGGGGUCCCUGGGAUCAAUGUGCAUCCUCUUCACCACCUAUUGGAUGCAGUACUGGCGCGGAGGCUUCGCCUGGGAUGGCAGUGUGCACAUGUUCAACUGGCACCCGGUGCUCAUGGUUUCUGGCUUGGUGGUACUCUAUGGAGCUGCCUCACUAGUGUACCGCCUGCCCUCAUCGUGGGUGGGGCCCAAGCUGCCCUGGAAAGUUCUCCAUGCAGCAUUGCACCUGCUGGUCUUCACCUUCACUGUUGUGGGGCUGGUUGCCGUCUUUCAGUUUCACAACCAUUCAAAAAUCACACACCUCUACUCCCUGCAUAGCUGGCUGGGCAUCACCACUGUCGUCCUCUUCGCCGGCCAGUGGUUCCUAGGCUUUGCUGUCUUCCUCCUGCCCUGGGCAUCCCAGUGGCUGCGAAGCCUCCUGAAACCUGUGCACAUCUUCUUUGGAGCCUGCAUCCUUUCGCUGUCCAUCACGUCUGUUAUUUCCGGCAUCAAUGAGAAGCUUUUCUUUGUUUUUAAAAAUGCCACCAAGUCCUACUCCAGCCUGCCUGGAGAGGCUGUCUUUGCCAACAGCACUGGACUCUUGGUGGUGGUGUUUGGUCUGCUGGUUCUCUAUGUUCUUCUGGCUUCAUCGUGGAAGCGUCCAGAUCCAGGAGCUCUGACUGACAGACAGCCCCUGUUGCAUGACAGGGAGUGAAUCGGGCUGGGGCUCCUGGGAACAAUCGGCGGUGCAGUCUCUGCUCCUUCAGAAGCUCUGCUGUACUUGGGCUCCUGGCUGGUUUCAGCAACAGACUUCUCUUGGGCCAGAGACCAAAUUUGCAAUUCCAGUUUCAGGCUUGCUCUCCCCAGCUGUGUGUUGUCUACCUGCUUUUCUAUUGGCUUUGACUUGUUGGCAUUUUUUUACGUCCUCCAUUUGCACAAGGGCC